CUUCAAAAGAGAGAAAAAUAGAUUUAUGGUCUGGCAGGAUGGUGUCGCAGAUCAAAUCUGAAGCAGGGUCAGACCAGACACCGGACCAUAAGGGGGCAUCUCUGUGGUUGUUCAACUUGCCAAACUGCGAAAGUUUCCUGGACAUGAUCGAGAUUAAUGAGUCUCACGUUGUUUGCAAAAAUGUCAAAUAUAGCUGUCUACGUCCUCUCUUCAUAUAAGGAAAACAUCGAAGAAGACUUUUUCAUUUACUAACAAAGCAGGUGAAGUCUUGAAUAGGGUGGCAAGGUCGCCCGGAAUCAGUGGGCCAGUUGUUCGGAUGGGGACCGCAAGUUCAAGAAAUUUUACCUUCGGACGUCAAACUAUUUCUUGAACUCGUUCUGUUCGAUCAAGCGGAUGGCGUUCUAAAUAUAUAAUAACUUGGCAGAAAAAAGAAGAAAUGGGGAACAAUUCAAUAAAAGAUUCAAGAAAUGGUUAACAGCUGGCGAUGGCUUGGGAAAACAAUAGCGAAGAAAGAAGAAACAGCGGGUGGGGGUGGGGGUGGGGGUGGGAGUGCGAGGGAAGAAAGUGACAUGCUCGCGAGCUUGAAGUCACCUCUCUCCGUGCACCUUCCCCAUGUAUGACCAUGACUACGACUUUGACUCUGUCCAACUCUCCGCCGAUUGCUGUACUGUCUUCAACCAUCCUCCACUUCAGCUGAUGUUCUUCUAGAUGGCUUUGCUACGCGCAGCUUGAACCGUCCCUUGCCUUCGUUUCUGCUUGAAGGCAGAAAGUGGCGAAGAAAGAAGAAAGCUGCUUGCUUGCUUCUCCGCCAUACCUCUCUCUCGUUCUCUCUCUCUCUCUCUGCGCUAACUCAAGAACCCAGGAAUCUAUGGCGCCACACGGGUUCUUCUCUCUCUGCAAGUUGUGUGCCAUUUUCUUGAUUCUUUUGACCUGUUCCUCCAAAGCCGCUCCUUUGCCCACCCCCAUCAUUUCAGAUGAUAUAUUCGAAUCUCAGGUUCUUGCUGGUCGGCAUCUCCUCCAGGCUAAACAAGGUUGUUCAGUGAACUUUGAGUUCCUGAACUACACGAUCAUCACGAGCAAAUGUAAAGGACCUACUUACCCUCCCGAUGUCUGUUGUGGAGCGUUCAAGGAGUUUGCGUGCCCAUAUGCUGAUGUUCUAAACGACCUAACAAAUGUUUGCGCCUCGACCAUGUUUACCUAUAUCAACCUCAAUGGGAAGUACCCGCCCGGCCUUUUUGCUGCCGAAUGUAGAGAAGGAAAGCUAGGGCUCGAGUGCCCGGCAUUACCACCAUCAUCCUUAGCCAAUGAAAGUAACGGGGCUCAAAUCACAUGCCAUGCUCCCCUUCUAUUAGUACUUUCAGUUGGCUUCAUCAUCCUUGUGUUCCAGGUUCUGUUUGGACCAAGACUAUGAACUCUCUCCACUGCAAUUAUUGUAUUCUUUCUUUAAUAGCAUCCAGAAAUAUAUGAUUGCUGGCCUCUUCAUCUUU